AUGCUCCCACGGGCCCUCCUCGUCGGCUUGACUGCUCUCAUCGCGUCGACCUCUGCUCAGUCGAAUUCCAGUCAGAUACUGGUGAUUGAUCAAAAGAGCUUCAAUGUUUUGACCCCUGUCCCUCCUCCUUCACAAUCUAAUCUUACAACGAUUUUUGUCCCUCCCGGCGUCACAUUGCAAGAAGCCCUGGCGAAGCCUUUCCACGUCUACGAUGAAGCCUUCUUAGAUAUCAUUGGGACAAACCCUACCUUGACGAUCAUUGCAAGCACUAGCAGUAACCCUCUCUUCCAUGAGGCUGUCGUCUGGUACCCUCCCACGGAUGAAGUCUUUUUCGUACAAAAUGCCGGAGCAACUGCCGCUGGAACUGGUCUGAAUAAGUCGAACAUUAUAGAAAAGAUCGCCUUGAGCCAGGCGGCCGCUGUUUCGUCCUUGCGCAACGCGAGUGGCCAGGUGGAUGUUGUGACUGUUAAUGCUACUCCUACGGUGGUGAACGCCAACGGGGCGACUCUCUAUCGAGACCAGCUUCUCUUUACUGGCGAAGGACAGGGCAACAACACCGCUCCGGCGUUGUACGUCGUGAACCCUCGCCCUCCUUACAACACGACCAUUCUUGUGAAUAACUACUUCGGCCGGCAAUGGAAUUCUCUCAACGAUGUGGCGGUCAAUCCUCUGAACGGCGACGUGUAUUUCACAGACACUCUAUACGGCUAUUUGCAAGACUUCCGCCCUUCGCCAGAGAUACCAAACCAAGUGUACAGGUUCACACCUGCGACGGGAGCCGUGUCGGUGGUGGCUGAUGGAUUCGAUUUGCCCAAUGGCAUCACGUUCUCUCCCAACGGGACACUCGCGUAUGUGACCGACACCGGUGCCCAGUAUUCCUUUUUCGGAUACAACAUGACAGCGCCGGCCUCAAUCUAUCAAUUCACUGUCCUCCCCGACGGGACGUUUGCGAAUCGCAAGCUGUUCGCGUAUGCGAGCGUGGGCAUUCCGGACGGGAUACACUGUGACACAAACGGCAACGUCUACUCGGGUGUCGGCGACGGCGUGCACGUGUGGGACCCGUCGGGAAAACUGCUCGGCAAAAUCUUCCUGGGCACGACGUCGUCCAACUUCAACUUUGCCGGCAAAGGCCGCAUGGUCAUCUGCGCCGAGACCGAGCUCUUCUACGUCACGUUGGCGGCUGAGGGAGCGAUCGUGUCGAGCCAGGUGCCGCCAUCUUCUUGA